AUGGCCGAGAUCUUCUACGACUUCCGGGACGCGCAGAAGGCCGGCAACGGCAUCCUGUUAGCACGAUGUCUGGCACCCAUCAAUACUUCUCAACAGCCGCGUCGACUAGCCUCAUUUUCCCAGCUCACAAACUGGCAAUCCGUUCAGUCAGACAUCAGACAGUACCUACUCGGAGCCUCAAGUAACGUUAAGCUCCCAAAGGACCAAGGAAGUGCGUGGGUGGAUAUUUUCGUGGAUCUGUGGACUUGUAUCCGGGAACUAGCAAGCAUCGAAGCCGGCGUAGGAGGAGACUGGUCGAAGGCUUUCAACGCAUACAAGGACCUCUGCAACCAUCUUGUCCGAGGGUAUACCAACAAUGGCUUUCCCGCCUGGACGAUACCAUGCCUCCAAACCACAGGCCAGUACCUGAGAAGAAUUGCCAUCAGAGCAGACCGCGAAUCACGAAACGUCGAUGGCAACGACAUCGCAGACGGCCUCUCCGACGACAUCAUAAAGACACAGAAGAACGAAUAUUUGGAGCAAGCCGCCUGGGUCAUCAACCGCAUGUUCUCCAUCUGCCUCAGCGACCGCUCCGACCUCAGCGAGUCACGCAAAUGGGGCAUCUACAGUACCACUAACCUCCUCUUCAAAACCUACUUCAAGCUCAACUCCAUCUCCCUCAACAAAAACGUCAUCCGAGCCCUCGACGUCGCAGCACCCGAUCUACCACCCAUCAACCUCUUCCCCCGCCCACAGCAAUGCACAUUCCGCUAUUAUCGCGGCGUAAUCGACUUCCUGCAGGAGAAAUACGCCGACGCCGAGGAGCAUCUCACACAAGCCCUCUCCCUAUGCUACAAACACUCAACCCAUAAUCGAGAGCAGAUUCUCACCUACCUCAUCCCCGCCCACGUCAUCAACACCAACCAGCUCCCGACCAAAGCCUUCCUGUCCAAACAGCCCACCAUCUCAAUUCUCUUCCAACCCCUCUUCAAAGCAAUCAAGCAAGGCAACCUGCACGCCUUCGACGUCGCCCUCUCCGAAGCGGAAGGCGAAUUGGUCCGUCGCCGCAUCUACCUUACCAUGGAACGCACACGCGAAUUAUGCAUGCGGAACCUCUUCCGCAAUGUGUUCCUCUGCGCCGGCUUCGAGGACAACAAGGAUGCCAAAGGCCAGCCGAUUCGGCGGACUAGGCUGAAGAUGGAGGAGUUCGAGGCUGCAGUGAAGGUCGCGUAUCGUGGCUCGGAAGACACGCUCAUCGAGCGAGACGAGGUGGAGUGCUUCCUAGCUAACAUGAUCUACAAGAAUUUUAUCAAGGGGUAUAUUGCCCGGGACCGCGGGAUUGUGGUGCUCAGCAAGGCGGGCGCUUUCCCUGGGACAGGCGUGUGA